UUUAGUGUUAAUGAUGAGAGAUGAGAUGUGCUGUAAAUCAGUAGGAACUGAUCUGUCCAUGCUGGAUAUUGAUGAUUUCAUCACAGAAAUCUCUCAGCUGAAGAAAGAGGUGGCGUUACUGGAGACAAAGCUGAGGUUAAGAGGAGAUGAAGGACUGAAGAGAGAGGACUCCGAGCUCAGUCUGACUUUACUCUGUUAUACUGAGUCAAAGCCCACAGACGCUCAGGACACUACAGUGUGUGACAGUAAUCAGGGCUUACAGGAUGAGGAAUCUACUGAUCAAACCUCCACAGAGUCUCUGGAUUCUGUCUGGAACGCUGGAGAACAGCAGCAGAUCCUGCAGACCAAACUCAAGAUGUGUUCAGUCAAACUGGAGGACUGUAGGAACCUCAUGAUGAAGAUCAAAACUGAACCCACAGCAGAGGAAGAUCACACAGAUGAAGAUAAGUACUGUGAUGAUUACUGUAUUCAUUCAGGUUUGUUUCCUGUUUUUUUUUCUAUUAAGGGUCAUGGGUUAAAAUAUUUUAAUCUUUUUUUAUCCUUAUUGCAUAGUCCUAUUAGUUGUUGUCAAAUGUUUAGGACAGUGUUUUUUUAUUGUUCCUAUUACAAAAUCCGAUAACAUUUUUUAAUUUCACCCCAGAGUUUUACACCUACAGAAUAUGAUUUUUUUACUUAAAGGCUUGUGUCUGGUAAUUUAUUCAUUUGUUGACUACUUAAAAACCCCUUUAAAUAAACUGUCCACCGACCACCCAUUACUCGCAACCCCUUAUACAUCCAAAAUACCCAUUGCACGACUAUGGACAAAUUUGCAAAUCACAAGAAAAACAAACUUGAACACUCAUUUUUGGAAGGUAAUGUGUAUGCUGGUGGUUGAGAAACAACAGGAGGUUAAAACAGCCAUAUCACCCUGUUGCCCAAGACAGCUUGCCCAAUAAGCUAAGUAGGGUUAAGCCUGGACAGUACUUGGAUGGGAGACCUCCUGGGAACUUAGCUCUAUGGUUAUUAAUGUCUGUUUUGUAGAUGAAGAAGACUGGACCGGACCGGAGCGGAUGAAGAUCAUAGGAGUUUCAGGUAAGUGAAGUGGGUGAGUCUAGCAUU